AUGAGGUUACUCUGGGGGAAAUCGUCUCCAUUUGCCGUGGAACUUUAUAAUUUUUUAGAUCAUGUGGAGGCCGAUAAUCUAAGAUGGCAAGAUCCAUUUGCCAGCCAAGUAAUUAGCGAUAAAUCAUCUUUUGUGCGAAAUUUACCCGGGAAUAUUUAUCAUAAUUUCAUGGAGCCGUUGCGUCGGAUGAAAAUGGAUGCACCGCCCAUUAUCAGAGAGAUAUGUAAUGCAUUUGUAGAAGACUUUAAGAAAGAUGAGAUCGAAAUCCCUCCACCAAAAUAUCUACAUGACCAUACUUGGAGAGAAACAAAUGAGGAAUUAACGGACAUCUCUACUGAGAUUUUAGAAUCUUUAAACGAUAUCUGGAGAAACCCUGCAUUCGAUCGAAAGUUUGCAAAAUUACAAAGUGAAGGAACUUAUGUGACGGAUGUGAUCGUUCCUUUACUCCGAGUAUCAUUAAAAAAACUCCCAAUAAGGAAUACCGCCUUUCUUAGCACAGCGGAACGCCAAAGCCAAGCUAGUGCUGAUAGAAAAGGGGAGGGAAAACAGGGUAAACGGCCUGAUAUAAUGUUUAUAGAAGAACGUAAAGAUGAUGAUGAAGUAAAGCUAUGGCGGGAGAUGAACGAUGGGCUUUAUUGGGUUUAUAGUGGAUCCAGGCCCGAUAAAAAUGAGUUUGGGAUUGCCGGGGUACAAAUAGCUGGGGAUAUGUUCCAUUUCAAUAUUAUUAUCAAAGAUAUGGAUGAUAUACACCGGCUUUAUCAUUUAUAUUCAGUUAAAAUUCCCAUACGCCCAACUGGGAGUGAAGAUCUAGAUCUCAAAGACUUAAAAGGCGAAGUUCAACAGUAUCUUCCGAUAAAGAAGAUAGUUAACGAUUAUUCUGGGGAAUUAUUCCUAACGGCUCGUCGAAUAGGAAGAGAAGAAACCGCCACAUCGGAUGUACCAGAUGCGAAAAGGAAAAUAUCACGACGCCUCCGAUAUAAUAAAAAUAAGAAACUCAAGUGGGAACAAGAACAUGCUGAGGUAUUUUACAAAUCGGAAGACGUACCAUCGUUCACUGGCCCUCUUGUUGAUUCUGAUAUUAUCUUCGAUCCGCUAAGGGUAUAA